UCCUUCUUUUACCGUUCGAUCGUUUCGUUUCAUCUUGCGUUCGGCUUGCGAUCAUCGCACCGGUUACGCUUUGGUGUUUUGUGAUUUCAUCUUCCGGAACGGUGAAAUAGUUCCCUUUUUUAGCCGUGUCAGUUCGUUCCGAUUGUCCUGGCGCUUUCGCAGCUUGCGACAGUGUUUUUGGUCCCGCAGAGAAGAGACCGGACGCGUAACACGAUGAUCCUCGAUCGGCCAUUAGGGAGGAUGCUGGUUAUCUUGGGGUUAUCAGUGACGCUGUGCUGCGCACCGAUCGAUGCCGCCUACCAGUAUCAAACGAAAACGCUCGACGUUCCGAUUGACCACUUCACCUACACCAGCAACGCGACAUUUAAGCUCCGCUACCUUCUCAACGAUACCUACGCCAAAGGGAGCACCGAUGGGCCGAUUUUGCUGUACGCCGGUAACGAGGGUGACAUCGAGCUAUUCGCCCAAAACACCGGCUUUAUGUGGGAGAUCGCGCCGAAGUUGAACGCGACGCUGCUGUUCGCCGAACAUCGCUACUACGGUCAGUCGAUGCCUUUCGGAAACCGUUCGUACGAAUCACCGGCCACCCUGGGAUACCUCACCUCCGAGCAAGCGCUUGCCGAUUACGCCUACCUGCUGACGGUGCUCAAUCCACCGAGCAACAGUACGACGAAGCAGGCUCGACCGGUGGUUGUGCUUGGUGGCUCGUACGGUGGCAUGCUGGCCGCCUGGUUCCGGAUUAAGUACCCACAUCUGGUGGUUGGGGCGAUCGCGGCAUCCGCCCCGAUACGCCAGUUCCAGGAUCUCACACCGUGCGGCAUCUUUAACCAGAUACUUACCUCAGUAUACCACACUGCUGGCCAGCCUGAGUGCGUCGACAAUAUCCGCCGGUCGUGGCAGCUGCUGACAAACUACUCCGCUACCGCUGACGGUUUGCGCGUCCUGAACGAGAAGUUCAAGUUCUGCACCAACCUCACCAAGGCUACCGAUGUGACAGAAACGCUCUUCGAAUAUCUGAUCGAUGUUUACGGCAACCUGGCGAUGAUCAAUUAUCCGUACGAGUCGAACUUCCUCGCACCGGUGCCAGCAUAUCCGGUGCGCGAGUUUUGCCGCCCGUUCGAUAAAAACUACACCGGAACUGAUCUGCUCGAUAAGUUCGAACAGGCGCUCAGCGUGUACACCAACUAUACGGGCAAGACGACCUGCCUGAGCCUCAACGCGUCGGCUGCCAUCGGUGAUCGCGGAUGGGACUUUCAGGCCUGCACCGAGAUGGUGAUGCCAAUGUGCGCUGAUGGUGUGAACGAUAUGUUCCCACCCCAGAAGUGGGACCUUGCACUGUACUCGGAGUCGUGCCACAAGCAAUUUGGCAUUCGGCCGCACCCACAGAACGCCAUCAUCAACUACGGUGGACAAUAUUUGGAGAGCAGCAUCACGAACAUCGUCUUCAGCAACGGUUUGCUUGAUCCGUGGUCCGGCGGUGGUGUGCUACGGUCUAGCAACGAUAAAAUCAAGAUCGUGCUUAUUCCCGAGGGAGCCCACCAUAUCGAUCUGCGGGCCGCUAACCCGAGCGAUCCGGAAACGGUGGUACUAGCCCGCGAAAAACACUAUCAGAGCAUGCGCGAAUGGAUUGCCGAGUACCGGCGCCUGAAGCACUACUGAUUGCUUUCUUCGGUGGCCUUUAAACUGGGCAGGGUGUUAACCUGCGGUGUUACAAACGCCUACAGCCUUUAGCAGCACACCUUUUCUGCUCUGCUUAACUCACUAUUAUAUAGAGCAAAAGGUGUUGCUUAGAAAUGUGUGCCAAAUUUUGGCCGCGUACGAGAUUUAUGUGAUUAUCAUGUUCACGGAGCCGAUCCCGUUUGUUCGGCUGUAAGAUUUUGUGUUUUUUUAUGUUUUGUUUCAGUGUAACUCUCGCUCGUCCACAGCAGGACCGUAGGGGUAAAAAGUAGAUGGAAAGUGUUUGGAAUGGAGAAACCAUGCAUCGUUUGAUUAGCAUGACCCCGGCCUAUUCCAGUGCAAGUGCAUGCAAAAUACGAAGUCAAUUGUGAAUCUGAAUCAGAAAUUAUUCCCCCCUUUAGAACCAAUUAUACACGAACACGAAUAAAUGCAUAGUUAUAUGUUGUA